ACCCGCGCCAGCUGGGCCCAGGCUUGAAAAAGAAGUGGAAGUGGGAGGGAGCGAUGAUGCAAAAGUUAGUUAAAAAUUGGGGUGGGGAAAGGAGGCUACAGAUACGAAGAGGAGCAAGCUGUAUAAGUUGCCAGAGCGGAAAGGCUGGAAAGUCCGGUGGGGCCCCUGUUCCGGGACGAAGAAACAAGUACCACGACAGCAGGAGUUUCCCCCUCUCUGAUUCAGGAAGGUGCUGGACAGAAACAUGGAAUUCAUUUCCGCAACAGUGAUUAUAAUCCUAGGUUGUGUCGCUCGUUUAUUAUUCCUUCGGCGGAGGAACUUGCGUGGACCCCCAUGCAUAGGAGGCUGGAUUCCUUGGAUUGGAGCUGGAUUUGAGUUUGGGAAAGCCCCUCUAGAAUUUAUAGAGAAAGCAAGAAUAAAGUACGGACCAAUAUUUACAGUCUGUGCUGUGGGCACCCGAAUGACCUUUGUUACUGAAGAAGAGGGAAUUAACGUGUUUCUGAAAUCCAAAGAAGUAAAUUUUGAACUAGCAGUGCAAGAGCCCAUCUACCGUACAGCAUCAAUUCCAAAGAAUAUCUUUUUAAAACUGCAUGAAAAACUUUAUGUCAUGCUGAAAGGAAAAUUGGGGACUUUCAGCUUGUAUCAAUUCACUGGACAACUGACUGAAGAAUUACAUGGACAACUGAAGGAUUUAGGCACUCAUGGGACCAGGGACCUGAACAGCCUAGUCAGGCAAAUCCUUUACCCCGCCACAGUGAAUGUGCUCUUUAAAAAAGGCUGGUUUCCCACAGACGAGAGGAGAAUCAGGGAGUUCCAUCAGCAUUUUCAAGCUUAUGACGAAGGUUUCCAGUACGGGUCCCAAUUGCCAGAAUGUCUCCUAAGAAAAUGGUCAAAAUCCAAAAAGUGGCUUCUAGCGCUUUUUGAGAAAAACAUUCCAGACAUAAAAACACACAAAUCUGCAAAAGACAAUUCCCUGACAGUAAUGCAGGCGAUGCUGGAUGUCUUAGAGAUGGAAACAAAUGAACAAAAGGGUCCCAACUAUGGGCUGUUACUACUUUGGGCCUCUCUGUCCAAUUCUGUCCCUGUUACGUUUUGGACACUUGGGUUUGUCCUCUCUCAUCCCAGUAUCCACAGGACCAUUAUGGAAGGCAUAUCAUCUGUGUUUGGCACAGCAGGUAAAGAAAAGAUUGAAGUGUCUGAGGAUGACUUGAAGAAACUCCCUCUAAUUAAAUGGUGCAUUUUGGAAACCAUUCGUUUAAGAGCCCCUGGUGUCAUUACUAGAAAAGUGACGAAGCCCAUUGAAAUUUUGAAUUACACGGUGCCUCCUGGUGACCUGUUGAUGUUGUCUCCGUUUUGGGUACAUAGAAAUCCAAAGUAUUUUCCCGAACCGGAACUGUUCAAACCUGAACGUUGGAAAAAGGCAACUUUAGAGAAGCGCGCUUUCUUGGACUGCUUCGUGGCGUUCGGGAGCGGGAAGUACCAAUGUCCUGGAAGGUGGCUUGCUCUGUUAAAGAUUCAAAUAUGCAUUAUUUUAAUGUUUUAUUAUUAUGACUGUAAUCUUCUAGAUCCACUGCCAAAACAGAGUUCUCUCCAUUUGGUGGGUGUCCAGCAACCGAAAGGACAAUGCCGAAUUGAGUUCAAGCAAAGAAAAUGACCUCGGCUGGGCCUAAGAAGGGCCAGGGCCUUCUGGAGGAGUGGCUGCCCCUCAUCCACUCGCCUGGCAGCUCCCAGACCUGAGUUCAACUAAAACAUGUCACUUUCUUUUAUUGUAGGAUUUAGAUCAAGACAGUGUGCAGAUGGGAUGUGUGUUUGGUAUCUCAAGAGUGGACCAGGAAUCUGACAUGACUCUCACUGAUCCAGAGACCUCAAUGCAGGGUUUAUAGAAAAUGUUUAAAUGAUCAAAAAAGAGGCAUUUCUUAAGAAACUGGAAUUUGGUUUCAUGCAUAGCCGUACCAAAAGUUUAAAUAGAGUAUCAUUUGAGUGGAAGUCUUAGUAUGUUAACUUCCCUGCGAAGGCAACAUACUUAAACUUCUAUUUUGAAAAAGGCUCAAAGUCUUGGACUCUAAAAAUCAUUAAAUCAUGAUUUCUGGAAAGUUGCUGUUUUUCUUAAUAUGAUUCUUAACUGGCAAUUGGAAUUCUUAAGCACUGGUAAUCUAAUUGUUUUAUUAAACAUGUCUAAUGCUAAAAGUACAGAUAAGAUGAAAGCUUUCUAAGACCUGGGAGGUCAGGGGUCUUGUCUGACACUCACUUCUACACCCAGCUCUGCCUAGGACAGCAGCCUCUUUCACAGGGCUUAGUCAACACCCGUAUGUUGAUUGAUGUACUGAUUUGCAUUUUAAUCAAGGUGAAAUCACUCUUCUGACUCCAAGUGUUUGUGAUUGUAGUUUGAGAUAGUAUUUUUCCUUAUAUAUAGAACCUCAAAUAAAAUGAUGCGUCAAGGCACAUUUCGAUCUAUUACUUAAGACUUAUACCUGAAAUUCUUACUGUGACACCCAGAAAAGAAACCCUGUCAUGUUCAGGGGAACCAUAUGACACAUAACGGUGUGACGGGUGAUGUCAUGAUUUGUCUUCUAACAGUCAAUGCAGUGCUGCUCGCCUCCUUGAUUUCACAAUACGGAAGCUUUGGGGCGCAUCCUGUCCUCAGGAUUAUUCACUCCCCUCUGCUAGAAUUAUCCCGGGGGGCUGGUAAUGAUUGCGUAGUCAUCUGUUUCCUACCAAUGAGCAGAGGAGUCCCUAGGAGAAAAUAAAGUGCUUUGGUGUGUAUUAACUUGUUGGGACUAAUUUAGUGAUUCCGAAGCUUGGCUGGUAAGUAGCUCACAGCUAGCUUACAGGCUCAGCGGUCUGGAGACUGAAGGGGCUGAAGACAGCAGUUUAAAAUCCACAGCAGAUCUGAGAACUUGCGGACCACGACCUGGCAGGUGCUUCUAAAUACAGCAGGUGUGUUCUCAGGUAAGAUGUGUCCUCCCAAACAGCCGAGGCCUGCCCUGAAAUACUGUAUUUGCAAAUAAGAGACACUUCAGCUGAAAUGGCUGGCACUCAGGGCUGGUGUUCAUCUCAUUAUGAUUGCCUGGUAAACGAUGAGGGUUAGCUGACAGGUUUAUGCACUUUUGAAAAACAGUGCAGACACAGGAGAUCUGCUGACCUUUGAAAUAAAUACCUGGAGGUCCCUGUAUCUUUUUAUUUCCCUACCCUGGGGUUUUAUAUGAUGUAUAUUAAUAUAUAUAUUCAUACACAAAUUAUAUGUAAAAUGUAUAUAUAAAAAUACAUAUAUUGGUACAUAUUUAUAUGUGUUAACUUGAGUUUUCUGGAAAGCAGAGCCUGAGACAGACCUGUGUGCAGUGCAGAUAGUUUAUUGGAGAUGUGCUCCCGGGCGCAGAAGUAAGGGACCGGAAAGAAUAUGCUGCAUUGGAGUUACGUUACCAAGAUGCAUCCAGUGAUUUCCCUCUGCAAAUAUCAACUGAAGCUCAUCAACAGUCCGUCAACCAACAGGAUCAAUCUCCAGACUCCACGUGUGGUGGAUGGAAAUAAAAAAGGCUCAUUUGUAGAAGAGAAAUGCCUGGCAGGCAAAGAAAGAUGACAGAUGGAUUGAGCUGACCGCAGGUAUGGGAGGAGAAGAAAUGACUCGGUGUAGUCUUGCCAGCUGCUGGAACCUGCAAAUGAAGCCAAGGGUCCGUUACUGCAGGAGAGACACUCGUAGGCAUGUGAGCCUGAGGACAGCUGACAAACCCAAAGACUGAGCAACGGAGAACUGAUCUUUGAUGGAAACAUUGGAGAGUGUCACACAAAGGCACCUAGGCAGAGGGAACUGCCAGUGCAUAGCCCAGAGGGCUGGAAGCAGAGGGCAGGCGCCAGGAGCAGGGAGAAACAGGCUGGCGGGGACACAGGAUACAUUGUGGCCGCCAGACUCUGAGGAACCUGGCCCCGGAUUCAAUGCAAUCCCAGCCAAAAUCCUAGCAAGUUAUUUUGUGAAUAUCGACAAACUGAUUCUAAAGUUUAUACGGAGCAGCAGAAGACCCAGGACCAACAUAAUAUUGAAAGAGAAGAACAAAAUCAGAGGACUGACGCUACUUGAUCUCAAGACUUACUAUGAAGCUACAGUAAUCAAGACAGUGUGAUACUGGUGAACUUUAAACUUUAAAAAAAAAAGAAAUCUGUUGAAAAAAUAAGAAGACCUGUAUCUGAGUGGUAAGAAAAUGAUCAUGUUCAUUUUUGUGACGACUAACACAUAUUGGGUACUACGGUGUGCCCGGCAUUGUGCUAAGUGCUUUGCAUGCAUUGCUCUAUUUAAUUCUCACAUUAAAUCUUACAUUUUUCCGACUUUGUGAAAUUUCUACAAUAAAUAUAUUACUUCUAAAACCA